AUGGUGUAUUGUGGGAUGAUUCCACAUUCCUCUAGGUUUAUAUAUUAUCAAUGUUAUUUGCAGGUAGUUGUCACAGAAUUAAGUGGUCAAAUUUGUCAGAUCUAUGGGGAUGAGCUGGAAGUUACUGUGAAUGGGGAGCCAUUUGUUGAUUGCAAUGAAUGUGCAUUCCCUGUGUGCAGACCUUGUUAUGAGUAUGAAAGAAGAGAGGGCAACCGAGUUUUUCCUCAGUGUAAAACCAAAUAUAAGCGCAUCAAAGGUAGUCCUAGAGUUGAGGGUGAUGAAGAAGAGGAUGAUACUGAUGAUUUAGAAAUUCAACCAAGACCUAUGGAUCCUAAAAAAGAUAUUGUUGUUUAUGUAUAUGGAAGUGUUGCAUGGAAGGAACGGAUGGAGGAUUGGAAGAAAAAACAAAGUGAAAAACUUCUGGUUGUUAGACAUGAAGGGGAUAAAGAUAGUGAUGAGUUGGAUGAUCCGGACUUACCAAAGUAGGUGAUAUUGUAUAAUUCUUAUAAUCUGUUCGUUGAAAGUUAAUCAUAUAACUUUCUGAA